AUGCUGGGUCUGGUGGAGGCUGGCGAGGGACAUGAUGAUGGCAUCUUCCUCAACAACCGGGUUACAGCACCAGUGUACCACUUCCCAGUUCAGGUACAUCAGUACCAUCUGCAAGCACUCAGGGAAAGUGCUGGGCAGUGGGUAGUGCUGGGCAGCACUUUCCCUGAGUGCUUGCAGAUGGUACUGAUGUACCUGAGAAGAUCGAAUUAUUACAUCAUCUUCGUUAACGAACCCAAAGGUCCUACACCAACCAUAGUGUUCAACGGCUCUCCUGAUCCUCUCAAGGCUGAAAGUGUCAGCAUUAUAAUGGACAACGUGACCAUUACAAGAGAGAUAGUUAUCAAAAUGCAGAGAAAGGUUGUUGAGGAUCUGGAAAAACUCUGUGAAUUGCUUCAAGUGAAGAGCCACCAGAUGGCCAGGGACAUUGAGGACACACAAAUACACUCUAUCUCUAGUGCAAGAGAAUUCCUUAUCCAACACAAAAACUGGAGAACCUACAUAGAGCCUUUAAGGUACUCAUGUUCUCAGGCACAGCUGAAGACAGUGAAAGCAAAUGUGGCUAAUGCCCAAGCAGAGACUUGUGCCCUCAAAACCUACAAAGACCAGAAGUAUCCAGUCAAAGCCCUUCAGAUUGCUAAACUGAAGAGAGAGCUGGGUGAGCUGAAGAAGACACAGCUGGAGGAACCUGAAGGUAUGACGUUGCUGUUUCAGGGAGUGGUGGCUAAUUUAGAAAUGCAGUUCUACCAGAAACAGAAAGUACUGUCUGCAAUUGCCAGAGUAUCUAUACACAGUAUAGAGUUGAAAAUACAAUAUAUUCUGGCCAAGAGGGAAUUAUCUAUUAAAAUAAUUGAAUUGGAGUAGGAGGACAGAAAACUACUCAAGAAUAUUCAGAAAUUACAGCUGUCAAGGCCAAACAUUAGUUGGAAUGUAUUUCAAGACAUUUUUCCAAAGUCAGUGAGUACAAGAGGAUUUUCAGUGUACUAG